AUGAACCAAUCGAGACGUCAUUUCAAACAGUUGAUAAAGAGGCGAUCAAGUCUUUUUGCUAGCAUUAAACUCAAUGCCAGCUUCUCACAAAGCAUUGAAGAAGAGGAUUGUGCUUUUCCUUUUUCACAGGACAGUUCUGUUAAACCAUGGACAUCGAUGGACAGACUCGACAGUCCGGUGACUAAAGCAGAAGAUUUAAAAAAUCCAAGUAAAGGAAAUAAACAUAAUGAUAAAAUGCCAGUGAACAGACAUUCAGGAAUGAUAAGCCUUAAUGUAGGUGGAAAAUUGUUCCAUCUUUCAAAACAUCUGGCCAUAAAAUAUCCUAAAUCACGAAUUGGGACUUUAGCUGUGUGUUCAGAUCCGGUGAAGCGGCUAACGCUCUGCGAUGAUUACUGUGUGACCAAUAAUGAGUUUUUCUUUGACAGAGACCCAACAUUCUUCCACUACAUCUUCCACCUUUACUACAGUAACUUGUUGUGGGUGAUGGAGAGUGUGUGUCCCAUUCACUUUGAGGAAGAACUUGAGUUUUGGGGUUUAAACCUGAAUGACACACCUCGCUGCUGUCGAAUCCUGUACGAGGAAAAAGUAGAUGAAAUUCGAGACCAGCUGAAGGUAAAUAAAGAACUGAUGGCUGAAAUCGAGCCUGUUCACAACGAUGAGGGUUUUAAAACAAUGUUUUUGGGGGACUUCCGUAAGACUCUUUGGGAUUUAAUGGAAAAUCCAUACUCGUCUGUGGGAGCAAAGUUCUUUGCUGUGUUGUCCACCACCCUUGUACUCAUCUCGAUUGUGGCCAUGACUCUAAACACUGUGAGUGAACUGACAGUGUAUAAAAUUUAUGGAAAAACAUACAUGGAGUUUGUUGAGAUCAUGUCAAUUCUCUUUUUCACCUUCGAGUAUUUCCUUCGGCUCCUGACCACCUGCGAUGUGAAGAGUUUCCUGAAAAGUGCCCUGAACUUUGUUGACUUGGUAGCAGUGAUGCCGUAUUUUAUCCAGCUGGUGUUUGAGGCGUUUUCUGAUCAGGAAGAUCUCAGUGUUCAGGACGACCUCAAAACAAUGGCACGAGUAAGCAAAGUCAGCAAAGUGCUAAAAAUUGUCAAAUUGAUGAGAAUUUUUCGUAUCUUAAAAUUAGCGAGACACUCAACAGGAAUGCGAGCAUUUGGUUUCACUCUGCGUCAGUGUUUUGAGCAGGUGUGCUGCUUAUUUUUAUUUAUUAUUUUGGGAAUCUUUGCUUUUUCGGCUCUAAUGUACUCUGUGGAACAGGACGUGAUGGGAACUCCGUUCAGCAGCAUUCCAGAUACGUGGUGGUGGGCAGCUGUGAGCAUCUCCACUGUGGGCUACGGUGAUGUGAUUCCAGUUUCAUUUUCUGGUUGUGUUGUGGCAUUUGGCUGCAUUUCCUUUGGAAUUAUUUUAAAUGGAAUGCCAAUUUCUAUCCUCUUUAAUAAAUUUUCUGAUUACUACGCCAAGCUCAAAGCACAGGAAUAUACCAACACUAAAGUCCAGCGCAGUCUGCACCUUAGAAAACGAUUACAACAAAAGUUCGAGAAUUGUUUUAAUCCUCCAGAAAGUCAAAUCGACAAUGAAUUUCAGCACCAGAAAUGA